GCUCCGUGCUCGCCACGCGUUAUGCGUUUUUUAGUACAUUCAGUACGGGCGCCGGCGUCAUUGAAUUGCUCGAAAUUUCUGCGAACCUGCAAAAGUUUGUCAACGGUUAUUGAAAGCAACAACACAGAAAAUGUCACUCGAACAGCUGAAAAGCGAUGUGGCCGAGCUUGCGGCCUUCCUGCAGCAGGCGAAAGGUGCCCGCGUAAAAGGCGUGCUGACCACCGCAAAAGCGGAGGCGGAACGGGAGAUAGUUAACCUGGAGAUGAAGGCCAAAAUUGCGGCGGAGCGUCAGGCAGCCGGGCCCAACGAUGCCAAGAGAUAUCUGCACGAGCUGACCGACUACGGCUGGGACCAGAGCGCCAAGUUCGUGAAGCUGUUCAUCACGUUGAACGGAGUGCAGGCCUGCACGGAGGAGAACGUGACCGUCACCUACACACCAAACUCGUUGCAGCUCCAUGUGCGAGAUCUUCAAGGCAAGGACUUUGGGCUGACCGUGAACAAUCUGCUGCACAGUAUCAAUGUGGAGAAGAGCUACCGAAAGAUCAAGACCGACAUGGUGGCCAUCUACCUGAAGAAGGUGAAGGAGGACGAAAACUGGGACGUGCUCACAGCCAUCCAGAAGCGCCUGAAGCAGAAGCAGGACAGUGAACUGACCAAGGAUGGCGAAAACCCCGAAUCGGCACUGGUCAACAUUAUGAAGAAGAUGUACAACGAUGGUGACUCCAAGACAAAGCAAAUGAUCGCCAAGGCCUGGACCGAAAGUCAGGAUAAGGCCAAGUUUGGCAAGGAGGCGGGCGGCGGACUGGAUUCUUUCGGCGAUCUCUAGAUAUGAUAACAACCCUUGAAACCGACUAUAUGUAUUGCUAAAUACCUAAGCACUGCUUCGAUUCCAGCACACGUUGUAUAUGUGGAUAAAUAAACACCCAGCUAGGGCAUUAAGUUAAA